CGCAGAGUUAUCUACCCUUGUUAAAUAUCCGGCAUGACUUUCGAGGAAGAUUGACAUAAGAAAUUUAUACUUGAAAUAUGUCUAGCAAAAUGUCAAGAUGUCCACAUGUGGUUUCAGUUGAUAGUGUUACAUGGGAGGAACUUCGAACGAAAAGCAAGACCCAACAAGAAUGUUUUACCUGCGGUGUGAAAGUCAGCAAUCUAUGGCUGUGCUUAGUAGGAGCUUGUCAACACAUUGGUUGUGGAGAAUCAUCUAAAGAUCACAGCUCUGCUCAUGCUAAGGACAAGAAACACAGUUUGACUAUAAAUUUGAGUUCUAUGAGAGUAUGGUGUUAUGAAUGUGAAACAGAAGUCCUCCAUGACAAGAAUAUCCCAAGUUUUAUAAUUCCUGAAAAUUCAGCUAGUAUGUUAAAGAUAAAAAAAAUGGAUGAUGUAAGACAGGAGUUAAAUUCUGUCAAUAGUUCACCUCAGAGAAGUUUAUCAGGUGGUGAUGAAACUGAAUCUGAGGAUGAAGGAGAUGGCAGACCUAGGGGUUUGACUGGGUUGAAGAAUUUAGGUAACACCUGUUAUUUGAACGCAGCUGUACAAGCAUUAUCCAACUGUCCUCCUCUAACAAGAUUCUUCCUUGACUGUCAAGGAUUUAUCAAACCAGAAAAGUCUCCUAUGUUAUCUAAACAAUACCUAAAACUGGUAACAGAGCUGUGGAGCAAAAGGAGACCCAGUUACACUAUUCCUAGUGGUGUAGUAAAUGGUAUCAAGAUAGUUCAUCCAAUGUUUCGAGGAUAUUCACAACAGGAUGCACAAGAGUUUUUAAGGUGUUUUAUGGACCAAAUUCAUGAAGAAUUAAAGCAACCCCUUCCUCUUACUGAAUUAGACAUAGAAGAACAACAUGAACAAAGUGACAAAGAACAUCAAAGUGACCAUGAAGAUAAAUUUCAGACCAGAACAUCAUUUCUAAGACAUGAUAGACAGAUAUCCGUUGACUCAUCAAUUAGCAGUCAGUCAGAUGAGUUCUAUGAAACCUGUGAUUCUGUUACUAGCGGAAACACAGCCUCGUCAAAUGAAAAUUCUGCAAGUAUUGAAACAAUUGAUACAAGUAACAAUUUAAGUAAAAUUAAAGCUAGUCAAAAACCAAAAUCGGGAAAAAAUAAUGAGGAAUGUGCUAUUGAUGACAGUCAAAAAUCUAAUAAAGAGAAAAAAGAUUUUACUAAUGAAAGGAUAGCCAUGACAAAAAAUGAAGAAGUGGAAAGCAGCACAGAUAGAUGCCAGGAAGUCAGAUCUCCUUGGAUACAACACAAAAGUGACCCAGACUUGUCAAAAAUGAAUUCUGUUCCCAGAAGAGGGAAGCGGAAAAAUAUACAAUAUCAGAGUGUAAUAUCAGACAUAUUUGAUGGCAGAAUACUUAGUUCAGUACAGUGUUUGACUUGUGAGAGGAUUUCAACAACCAAGGAAACUUUCCAAGACCUGUCAUUACCCAUCCCAAGUAAAGACCAGAUAUUUGUAUUACAUUCUAACUCACAAGGAAGUCCAAUUAAGGGAGGCACCUGUGGGGAGGCUAAUCAGAGCUGGAUGACUUGGGUAAUGACUUGGAUGAAAAGUUGGUUUGUUGGACCUGCAAUAACUUUACAAGACUGUUUGGCAGCUUUCUUCUCAGCUGAUGAGUUGAAAGGAGACAAUAUGUACAGCUGUGAAAAAUGUAAAAAACUCAGAAAUGGAAUCAAGUUCUCAAGGGUAAUGGUAUUGCCAGAGAUCUUGACAGUUCAUUUGAAAAGAUUUCGUCAUGAGUUUUAUUCAACAAAGAUAUCUACCUAUGUAGCCUUUCCACUAGAUAGUCUUGAUCUCAAACCAUUUUUGCACAAAGACUGUACUUCAGAAGUGACAAUGUAUGAUUUGACGGGAGUCAUAUGCCACCACGGAUCUGAUGGAUCUGGCCAUUACACAGCCUAUUGUUUGAAUUAUGUCAAUGAGCAGUGGUAUGAGUUUGAUGAUACAUAUGUGACAGAGGUGGAUAUUAACCAGGUCAUGAACUGUGAAGCUUAUGUCUUGUUCUAUAGGAAGAGAAAUGAUCAAAUGGUAUCACUCAGACAGAAGGGAAUGAGACUGAUAGAAGCACAGGAACCAAGUCUGAUGCAGUUCUUUAUUUCCAAACAAUGGAUAAACAGAUUUAAUACAUUUGCUGAGCCAGGACCCAUCAGUAAUCAUGACUUUCUUUGUAGACAUGGAGGUGUUCCACCUCAUAAAGUAGAAUAUGUACAGGAACAAGCUAUACCAUUUAAUCAGGCACUUUGGGAGUUUUUGUACAGCAAGUUUGGUGGUGGUCCAGUCUGCAAUCAUUUGUACGCCUGUCAGUCUUGUCAAAGAGAACUGGAUCAAUUAAAACAAAGACAACAGUUGGAAAUGGAAACAUUCAUUGAAUUGAAUGAGAAAUUUAAAGAUGAAGACAAUCCAAAUGUUUUAUAUGCCAUUAGCAUGUCUUGGUUUAAAGAUUGGGAGAACUUUGUCAGAGGCAAAAUGGACACACCACCAGGACAGAUUGACAAUUCCAGGAUUACAAAUAAUAAGCAAGGUCAGAUGACACUGAAGGUCAACUCUGAUCAUGGGCAGCUAUCAGAAGAAAUGUGGAAAUUCUUAUUUAAUAUUUAUGGAGGAGGACCAGAGUUAGUAAUCAAACAACAAACACCAUCACCAGUAAAGACGGCAAGGUCAGCGUCUCCUGUCAGGACAUCAUGCUCGUCUCCCGUCACACGGUCAGCUUCAAUGGAAAGCAAAACAUCUAGAUCAAAGGAUUCAGGGAUUGAGUCUAGCUCACAAAGAUCAGAAAGUUCAGUGAAAGAAGAGACAUCUGAGUUGACUGUACAAAAUGAAAGUUGAAGGUUUUCUAGUCUAUUAACGUUGAAUUUUAAUACAUUUGUUAUUUUUUAUUGUGCAUACUUCAAAAUGUAUAUACAUUGCAGUAUUUUGAAAUCCAUCUGUGUUCUGAUGAAAUCCUGUAGAUUAAAUCACAUGAAACUUGUUAUGCAACCACAAUGAUUUUAGUCACCCUAUAAAGCUGUUCUUGUAGUUGUAAUCUGUAUUUAUUUUAAUGAUGAAGGUUAUUGUGAAGAAAUUGUUUGUAAACUUGGCCUAUUCAUGUUAAGUUUGUGAGUGAGUUUGGACAGUUUACACAUAAAUUAAACUUCCAUACAUAUAACUUUAAUUACUUAUAAUUCCAAAAGAAUGCAUGGAAAAUCAUUUCCAUAUCAAAAUUUCAUCAGCACUUACAGUGCCUGUGUUAGAAUUAAUACUUUUCAUGUCAAGGGAUUAUACAUUUUAGGGUUGUAAUGCUGUACGCCAAUGAAAUAAGAUUUAACAUACAUCAUUUCAAUUUGUUUUCAUUUGUUUUAUAGGGUAACUUUGUUCUAGUUGAUUUAUCCUUUCUAAAGUUAAUUAUUUGUCUUUGAUACAAACCAAAGAAUUGGAUUGCCUUUGGAGUUUAUUUCAGAAAAGGAGGAAAAGAAAUAAUCAUUGGCAUUUUUCAUGUUCUUGAUGAUCAUUUAUUCUUCAUUUUAUUCCAUGAUUUCUUUAUAAAAAUUUCUGUCUAUUGUGAAAUAAGAUUUGUUGUAGCAUUUUAUCGCCGAAAGAUAUAGAAAACCAAUUUGUGUUGAUGCCAUAAGUCCUUUUAAUCUAUGAGUGUUUUGAUGGGGAUUAUAAUGGCAAAAAGGUGUAGAAUUUUAAAAGAGCAGUGCUUGUUUUUUUAUAAUUCUGGUAUGCCUUGUACAUGUAUAUGUCGGUAAAAGCAUAAUAGAGCUGAUGUAAUGUCAUUAUGCCGACUCUAAAGUUUUUUUAUUAAUUAUUUUUUUAUAAAAGGGAAACAACUUGUACUUUAAAUAAGUUUAGAUUCACAAAUGUAAUACAUGUAUUGCUAUUGAGUGCUCCAUUUUAGACAGUGGGAUUUCAAUAACAGUUAAGUUUCUUUUGACAGAAUAGUAUACUGCUUUUAGGGGAAAAUGGCACUUUUGCAGAUUUUGUUAAAUUUUCAGCUAGCUUUCACUCAUUUCUUCAUAAUAAAUAUUUAAGACAAGGGAGGUGAAAUGGGGACCUUGAAAUGUGAUGGUCCUUUUGCAUGUUCUAUAUGUCAUGGGGAAAGCUUGUUUAAAAUCUGCAGAUUUACAAUUAUUAGAAAUUGAAAUAAAAUAAUGGUUUAAUAACCGAAUGAUCAUCAUGCAACAAGUCUGUUUUUGACCAUACAUAUGGGAUUAUGUGAUAAUCAUAUACUCUUUGAUAAAUGAAUAGUAAGUAACCUGUUAAUACUUUAGUUUUAUCUAUACUUUUAAUGUUCAUCUCUUUAAACAAUGAUUGCAACAUUUGAAAUUCAAGAAUAUAAUUCAUAUUAUGUUGAAAAUUAUGUCCUUUCUUCCAUCCUAUUUUUGGUUUUGCUGCAUAUUCUCCAUGACAUGAUUAAAAACCUGAAAAGUUACUUCUAACAAACAAAUAAACUCCUUCAUAAACAUGUUAACAUUGAAAAUAAAGUUAAUGUAAUCCUUGCAUUUCAGCAUGAUCAAAAAUACACUUAUUUAAGCGUCAUAACAACGCACUUUAGCGUUAAAACAACACAUUUUUGCAUCAGAACAAUGCACUUUUGCAUGACCAUCUUGGUUCAGUGUCCUGCAAAUAUAUAUAUAUAUAUAGACAAACAAACAUUGUGCAAGAACUGAUGAAAAACAGCUUUCUUUUUAAAAUAAGAAUGAUUAUUUUACAUCAUUUUCUAUUUUUUUUUAGAGGAGGGGCUAGAAUGUAGGAUUGUACAUGAACUGAAUACAUUUAACUUCUGUACAUAAUGGGUUUCAUUUUGUUUUUAUAUAAUGUUUCUAAGUACCUUAAUAUUUGUUACUAGAUUAGACAUCACUUUUAUGUCUUUAAAUGUGAAUUUUUAAGUUUGAAUGUAUGUUAUUUAUUUAUUUAUUAAUUAAAUGUAUAUAGAAAUAAUGUUUUUGAUGUAAAUUUAUAGGAUUGAUAUAUUCCUCAUUAGAUUUAGCCUACCCUCAGUUUUACAAGUUCAAUUUUGAUAUUGCCAUUAUUUAAGUUCCAGUUUUUAUUUUUCUAAAAACUUGUCAAAUUCUUCUUUAAAUACAGAGCCCUAUUAUAAAACAAUUUAACCUGAAUCUUUUUUCUAUCCAUUGAUAAAGCAUUUUAGAUUGAGAAAAGUCUUUUAUUUUUACAAAAUAUUUACUUGUGUAUUUGCAUAGUCCAUCAAGCAGAAUCAACGAGUAUCUCCAAAUUUAAUAUAUGGUCACCUUUAUGCAAAUCUUUCAAGAUUUUUUGGUAUCAUUUUCUGUGGCAAUCAAUAUUUAACCGUACACUGCUUAAGUUUUCUUUUAAGGGGGUUCGCGGGUCUAAAUCAUUUAUAUAGGAUUUCUCUAUAUUUUUCUAUAAAUGAACUUUAUCUUAUAGUAAAUAGAAAAAUAAAUAAAAAAGUGGGGUCACCGUUCAUUUGCGCUCACAAUCUGCCUUCAAAAGAAGCAUACAUUUUUGUAAAGGUGUUUUUUUUCUGUUGAAGUAAUAGAAGAAAUAAAGGUAAUAUCAAAAUAAAAAAAGGAAUUUAUUACAGAAAUCGCUCAAAUUUUACAAUAAUUUAGUUUAAGUACAGCUUAUAUGGAAAAUAUAUUAAAAAAUAUAGGUCACCGAAGAGUUAAAAAAGAUAUUUCAAUUAUAAAGCAAAAAAAUGGCAUUUUUCUACCAAAGGGAGACAAUUUGGAACUUUUUCAAUAAUGUAUACAUUUUAAAAGUCAUCUGGGAUCAACACGAAUUGAUUGUUUUGAAUGAUUUUUGUACCAUAUGAUAAAGUAAAAACCACAAAAGGUAAUAAAUAAAAUUUGUAAUGAAAAACAAACACUUAAUUUUUUUCUUAAACUUUUAUACCCUCGAGCCUCCUUAAAGUAUUUCAAACUUUUGAGGAUAUUCUGUAAACUUUCCUGAGGAUUUAAGCUUUUGUUAUUUUCAGUUACUUGAGUAAUAAAUCUAUGGAAAAUAUGCUAUUUUUCAAGUGUCAAAACUCAAGUAAAUCUUUAGUGAUGUUCUUUAAACCUGACCAUAAAUUAUGAGGAAUGAAUUUCUGUUUAUAUAAUAGUGAUUUUACAUUUUGGUUUUCCAGAGACAUGUGGCUCAAAUCUAAUAAUAAAAAUUGGAAAGUUUUCUUGCCUUGCACUAAAUUGAGUUUGCUACAAAUGAUUUACUUAAACUUUACUUUCUCCAUGGAAACCCUAUUGGUUAUAAGUUGACAAGGAAAUGUUCUAUUCAACAGUCAUAAUGGUUACAAUCAUAAUAAAUAAAUGUUACAUUGUA